AUGGGUUUCUUUGACCACUUACAAAAGGGCAACGGGUUCUCGCUGCAAGCAAAAAAGCCUCAAAUUCGCAAAGUUGUUACUCAAAAAAAGCCCGCCCCAAAGUCGCGAUCGUCACCUGCAGGCACCACAGAUUCUCAAGUUGCGCCUUCGAUAAGGUCUACACCUAUUGUAAAGAGCCGAAGUUCCAACGCACAAAGCCGGAAUAACGAAUCCUCGGGAAAACAGUGUCUUCGAACUCCUAUUUCUCGUCGAAAUCUGAAAAGGCCGUCGCCUAUUCAGCGACUUGAGAGCGAUGACGAUGACGACGACAACGAUACGGAUACCUCGUUUGAGGUACGCAAACGCGCGAAGUUGAGCGAUAGUGUAGAACCGGAUUUAUCUCGUCGCAUAAGAUCGGUGGAGGCAUUUUCCAAAGAUGGGCCCAAGACCCUUAGAAUGGUCCAUGCAGCAAAUAUCACAGCCGCAAAAGCCGCGGGGAAAUAUAAGCCGGCGUUCGAGAAGGGCGUUGAUGAGAAAUUAUCAGAAAUCACAUUACAGUAUCCGAGUACAUUUGAAGGCGAAAGAUACCAACUGGCCGUCUCGAAGGAGAAUGACGAUUUCAAGCCACUCGAUGAUAUUUUUCAGGUGGUAGAGAUGGUUUCCGAGUAUUAUAUCCCUGAGAAUAUGCUUGAUGAAUUCAAUAAUGAGUCGACAGGGAUUAAGAGACGGAUUCGCCGAGCUUUCGCGCAUGCUUCCGAAGCCGAGUUUCGAGAGGUCAUAUCAGACUACAACCGCGCUGUGCAGAAAUAUGUCUCCGACGGGUCUAUCGCGAAGCAUCUGGAUGAAACGCAUGUUUUGCAGUUGCCCCUCGUGGAGCGCAUAUUGACGCAGAUAUAUUCCCGAACGGUUUCGCCUCGAGUCGACUCGCUACGACAAUAUGAAAACGGAACCGAUAAUGUCACUAUUUUCAAAGAGACACACCUGAAAUCAGGCCAGGUAUUUGUUGAUCUAGGCUCUGGAGUUGGAAAUGUCGUUCUACAAGCAGCACUCGAGAUUGGAUGCGAGAGCUGGGGCUGUGAAAUGAUGCCCAACGCCUGCACCUUGGCCGACUUGCAACAAGCUGAAUUCAAAGCACGAUGUAGUCUAUGGGGAAUCACGCCGGGAAAGACCCGUCUCAUCCAAGGCGACUUCCUCACAGAACAAAGCAUAAUCGAGGUUCUCAAACGGGCCGACGUCGUGCUUAUCAACAACCAAGCUUUCACCCCGCAACUAAACAAUGAGUUGAUCAACCACUUUUUGGAUAUGAAAGAGGGCUGCAAAAUUGUUUCGCUCAAAUCCUUCGUGCCGGCUGGUCAUAAGAUUACGUCUCGAAACUUGAACUCGCCGAUCAAUUUGUUAGAUGUCAGGCAGCUGAAUUAUUGGUCUGACUCUGUGAGUUGGACGGAUGUGGGCGGUACUUAUUUCAUCGCCAAGAAGGAUAGUUCUAGGCUCAAGGCCUUCGCUGAUAGUCAGGGAUUUUGA